CAACCGCAGUUUAAACACACACAGGCACAUACACACACGGCAGGCUGCUUCCAGGACAUACAUCGCGCUCGGCGCUCUCUUCUCCUUUUCUGGAAGAUCUGAGGGGCUUGCGUGUGCAAAUACACACACGCCCCUGCCGCACGCGCACACACACACACACACACACACGGAGGGGGGCACAGGGAGGCAGGGGACAGCGGAGGAGUGCGGACCCGGCUGCGGCUCGUCCGUGGUCGUCAUGGAGAGGAGCGGAGACGUGGAGCGGGCGCUGCAGACGGGUAACGAUGAGGAGGCAGUCGUGGAUCUCGGGAAGACCAGCUCCACCAUCCACACAAACUUCGAGAAGGAAGAGCUAGAAAGUCACAGGGCAGUGUACGUCGGGGUCCAUGUCCCUCUGGGCAGGCAGAGCAGACGCAGACACCGGCACCGUGGCCACAAGCACCACCGCAAGAGGAGGGAGCGGGGCUCUGACCGCGAGGACGGCAGGGAGUCCCCCACAUACGAUACGCCCUCCCAGCGGGUCCAGUUCAUCUUGGGGACUGAGGACGACGACGAGGAGCACAUUCCCCAUGACCUCUUCACCGAGCUGGACGAGCUGUCCUUCCGGGACGGACACGCCACCGAGUGGAAGGAGACCGCCAGGUGGCUGAAGUUCGAGGAGGACGUGGAGGACGGGGGCGAGCGCUGGAGCAAGCCCUAUGUGGCCACACUGUCCCUGCACAGCCUGUUCGAGCUGCGCAGCUGCAUACUCAAUGGCACUGUCAUGCUGGACAUGAGAGCCAACUCCAUUGAGGAGAUCGCAGACAUGAUCAUCGACAGCAUGGUGGCGUCUGAGCAGCUGGACGAGGCGCUGCGGGAGAAGGUCCGGGAGGCCAUGCUGAAGAGACACCACCACCAGAACGAGAAGAAGCUGAGCAACCGCAUCCCGCUGGUGCGCUCCUUCGCAGACAUAGGGGAGGGCCUGUCGGCCUCCCGCCUGUCCCUCCUGCGCCGCAGCUCCUCUGUCUCCACCCUCAGCCUGUACCAGCGCCGGGUGUCUGACCUCAUCACUCACCUCCGGCCCAGCCCCUCCGCUUCCCCUUUCGUCACGCCCCAAAACUCGCCCCCGCUGUCCCGUAGCAUCUCGGCCCCGGCCUCGCCCCUGCCCUCACCCCUGCCCCCGUCUCCCACCACCCCGGAGAGCCCGGCGUCCUUCGCCGAGUGGGGGGGCAUCCCGGAAGUGGUGGUGUACCCGCCCGAGGAGGACGAGCCGCCGCCCCUCGUCCUGCCUCAGGAGGAGGGAAAAGCAGCGCCGGCGCCCGGGACGCCUGGCCCCGCCCGCCCGUCGCUGCUGCUGCCGCCGGCGCCACCUGAAGGUCUCCUUGCGUCCCCGCAGUCUGCCCCGGGGAGUCUGGAGAACAGCAAACCCAGCGAGAGUCGCAUUAACGGUAGCGGGGGCAGCCGAGAGAACAGCACCGUGGACUUCAGCAAGGUGGACAUGAACUUCAUGAAGAAGAUCCCGCCCGGGGCCGAGGCUUCCAACGUGCUGGUGGGCGAGGUGGACUUCCUCGAGCGGCCCAUCAUCGCCUUCAUCAGGCUGGCUCCCGCCGUGCUCCUCACAGGCCUGACGGAGGUGCCCGUUCCCACCAGAUUUUUGUUUCUGUUGCUAGGUCCCUUUGGCAAAGGGCCACAGUACCACGAGAUUGGAAGGUCCAUAGCCACACUGAUGACAGAUGAGAUUUUCCAUGAUGUUGCGUACAAGGCCAAAGACAGGAACGACCUUUUGUCUGGCAUAGACGAGUUUCUGGACCAGGUGACUGUGUUGCCCCCUGGAGAAUGGGACCCCACGAUACGAAUAGAGCCCCCAAAGAGUGUCCCAUCUCAGGAGAAGCGUAAGAUGCCUCACCAGCCCAACGGCUCGGCGAUGGCCUCUGACAUGGUGAAAGAGGUGGAGCAUCCCGCAGGUCCUGAGCUCCAGAGGACCGGGAGGAUCUUCGGAGGCCUGGUGAUGGACGUGCGGCGCAAGGCCCCGUUCUACUGGAGUGACAUCCGAGACGCCCUGAGUCUGCAGUGCCUGGCCUCCAUCCUCUUCCUCUACUGCGCCUGCAUGUCCCCCGUCAUCACUUUCGGGGGGCUGCUAGGGGAGGCCACGAAGGGCAACAUCAGUGCCAUAGAGUCCCUGUUCGGGGCAUCCCUGACGGGCGUGGCCUUCUCUCUCUUCGCGGGACAGCCCCUCACCAUCCUGGGCAGCACCGGGCCCGUCCUGGUCUUCGAGAAGAUCCUCUUCAAGUUCUGCAAGGACUAUGGCCUGUCCUACCUGUCCCUGCGCACGAGCAUCGGGCUGUGGACGGCCUUCCUGUGCCUGGUGCUGGUCGCCACGGACGCCAGCUCGCUGGUGUGCUACAUCACGCGCUUCACCGAGGAGGCGUUCGCCUCCCUCAUCUGCAUCAUCUUCAUCUACGAGGCCCUGGAGAAGCUCUUCCAGCUGGGCGAGCUGUUCCCCAUCAACAUGCAGAACGAGCUGGACAACCUCACCUUCUACACGUGCCAGUGCUCCCCGCCCGCAAACGCCACCACCGAAACCCUGCGGCGCUGGAACCACACCGGCUUCACGCCGGACUCCAUACCCUGGAGCGACCUCAACAUGACUAUGUGCAGAAAGCUCCAUGGGGAGUUCGUGGGGCCAGCCUGCGGAGACCACGGCCCCUACAUCCCCGAUGUCCUCUUCUGGUCCGUCAUCCUCUUCUUCACCACCUUCUUCCUCUCCUCCUUCCUCAAGCAGUUCAAGACGAAACGCUACUUCCCCACCAAGGUGCGGUCCACAAUCAGUGAUUUCGCUGUGUUCCUGACCAUUAUGAUCAUGGUCAUGAUCGACUACCUUGUGGGUAUACCGUCUCCAAAGCUGAGAGUGCCCGACCGCUUUGAGCCCACCUCUAAGAACCGGGGCUGGCUGAUCGACCCGCUGGGAGAGAAUCCCUGGUGGACACUGCUGGCGGCGGCCAUUCCGGCUCUGCUCUGCACCAUCCUCAUCUUCAUGGACCAGCAGAUCACCGCCGUCAUCAUCAACCGCAAGGAGCACAAGCUCAAGAAAGGCUGCGGGUACCACCUGGACCUGCUGGUGGUGUCGGUGAUGCUGGGCGUGUGCUCGGUGAUGGGGCUGCCCUGGUUCGUGGCCGCCACCGUGCUCUCCAUCACGCACGUGAACAGCCUGAAGCUGGAGUCGGCGUGCUCGGCCCCCGGGGAGCAGCCCAAGUUCCUGGGCAUCCGCGAGCAGAGGGUGACCGGCCUCAUGAUCUUCGUGCUCAUGGGCCUGUCCGUCUUCAUGACCUCCGUGCUCAAAUUUAUUCCCAUGCCAGUACUUUACGGUGUCUUCCUCUACAUGGGCGUCUCCUCCCUCAAAGGAAUUCAGUUCUUCGACCGGAUCAAGCUGUUCGGCAUGCCGGCCAAACACCAGCCGGACCUGAUCUACCUGCGCUACGUACCCCUGUGGAAGGUGCACAUCUUCACCAUCGUGCAGCUGUCCUGCCUGGUUCUGCUGUGGGUCAUCAAAGCCUCGGCCGCCGCCGUCGUCUUCCCCAUGAUGGUCUUGGCCCUGGUCUUCGUCCGUAAGAUGCUGGACUUCUGCUUCACUAAGAGAGAGCUGAGCUGGCUGGACGACCUCAUGCCCGAGAGCAAGAAGAAGAAGGAGGACGACAAGAAGAAGAAGGCGAAGGAGGAGGCCGAGCGCAUGCUGGAAACUGAGGAGAGCGAGUCGAUGCAGAUUCCAUACGACAGUGGCAACCUGCUGAAGAUUCCCGUCAAGACCCUCAAAGUCAGCUCUGACCCCUCCGUUGUAAACAUUUCUGACGAAAUGGCCAAAACCGCUGUGUGGAAGGCCGUUGCCAUGAACGCUGACAAUGCCAAAGUAUUGAAACCUAGCCCAAGCCAGGAGAAGAUGGCCUGCAUUAAGAUCAGCAUCGAGGACGAGCAGGGGCACAAGUACGUGGACGCGGAGACAUCUUUGUGA